AUGGCUCUCGCAAACAGUAGUACUGACAUCUUCGAGUAUUCCUGGUCUCCUCAAAUGACACUCAGCGUGAUCGACAAUAUUGGUCACUCGCCGGAAUCCGUGUCGGCUUCUGUGGCCGGCAGCGGCGGCGGGUGGCUGUGUGGCUCCAGCUCCGCCUCGUUGCUCGACUUUGCCGCUGAGGACAAUGACUGCGAGGCCUGGAUCGACCAAACUUACUCUGAGACUGUGAAUGGACGCAUGAUGAUCAGUUCGCCUGAGAAUUCCAAACGCCGGCAAAAGGGCCCGAUUCUGGACUGUGACCUACCGAGCCCUAAGAAGAGAUGUGGCAAUGGCAUCACAAGAACAGCCAAGGACAAGCAGAGUCCAUCCAAGAACCCUCAGAGCAUUGCAGCAAAGAACCGGAGAGAAAGAAUUAGUGAACGCCUGAGAAUUCUGCAAGGUCUCGUGCCAAAUGGGGCAAAGGUAGAUUUGGUCACCAUGCUCGAGAAGGCCAUUAACUAUGUGAAGUUUCUCAAGUUGCAAGUGAAGGUUUUGGCAACUGAUGAGUUCUGGCCAGCACAAGAAGGGAUUGCACCUGAUGUUGCUCAAGUGAGGGAGGCAAUCGAUGCCGUCUUAUCUUCCAGCAGAGAUGGAAAUCCUAGAUCAUACUAA